CUUUCCACUGUUCGUCCCUUUGCUCGGAUCGAGGAUUCAGUUGAGGCUUGGGAGAGAUGGAGGCGCUUGGGUGGUGGCUGAUGCUGGUGGGAUCUCUACGCCUCGCUUCAGUUUGGUUUGGCUUCUUCGACAUCUGGGCGCUGCGCAUGGCGGUGUUCUCGAAGACCGAAAUGACCGAUGUUCAUGGACGGACAUUUGGGGUUUGGACACUUCUGACCUGCACACUCUGCUUUCUCUGUGCAUUCAAUCUUGAGAACAAGCCUCUUUAUGCUGCUACCUUCCUAUCAUUUAUAUAUGCCUUUGGGCAUUUUCUUACUGAAUAUUUAUUUUAUGACACAAUGGCUGCAUCAAAUCUGACAACCGUUGGAAUCUUUGCUGGGACAUCAAUUGUGUGGAUGUUGCUACAAUGGAAUGCACAUCAACCAAAGAGCAUCACAAAGAGUGAUUGAUGUCAAUAUAGAUGUCAUCAGCACCAUCAAGUUGUCGUUCCCCUUAUCAAUCUUGGCCAGAGUGUGUUUUGGCAUCUCCGACCUAAAGAACUAUUUUCCUUGUUAUCGUUGAGCUAAUAUGUGACAAUCACCUGACAACUUAAAAGCAUUCAUGCUUAAAACCUUGUUGUUCUCCAAAUUGCUUAGUUAUAAAACUGCAGACAUGAUUAUGAAAUCAUUUAUCUAGAAAUACCGAUCUGAUAUAAUUGAUUGAAGAAUUUUAGUAGAUGAUUUUCGUAGUUAAAAUUUAUAGAUUUACUUCCAUUUAAUAUUAGUUAUGACAGGUAUAUCAUCUCCAGAUUAGAGCAGGGAAACGGUCGGAUCUUCACCAACGGUCGAAUGCGGGUCCUCGAUUUAAAGUUUAAAAAAGCCAAAUCUCAACGGUCACGUAUGAUUCGAUGUGAAGCAAUGCAGUAACAAUAUUUUAUUACCCACUGUCUACCCGCCUCGCUAGUAGCUGCAGAAAAUCGGUCCCUGUAGUUCAGGCAUACCCAACGCCUCACAACGUAUCUUUAGAAUUAAAGUGGAAAUAAAUAUAGCCGUUACAAUAGCACUUGAUUUUGUGCCUUCUUUAUUUCACCACCUUCCUGAUCUCCUCAUUACGUAGCUACAGAGAAGGAAAAGGAAACAGAACAGAACUCUUGCGUUCUCUAAUCUCCGUUCUCAUGGCUGCAACAUGUGCGAGAUCGCCUUCUCCCAAUCCAUCAAGGCCAAGAACUCCCGACAUGGCCAUCUCCAGGAAGAGCUGCUCCUCCAUCCCAUCAUCCUUCACCGAGUCCUCCCCCCUGAGGAAUCACUGUUGCCGAUCGCCUUCCCCGACUCCACGUGCGUCUGCUCACAAGGAGAACGAGAGGGACUUCAACAGAGCCUCCAGGCCGAUGGCCGCCAAGGUGUCUUCUUCUUCCUCCAAAUCUGGGGGAAAGAACUUCAUGUCUCCCACGAUCUCCGCCGCUUCUAAAGCUGUCACAGCGUCUCCCAGGCGGAAAAUUCUUGCUGAGAAGAAUGAGGCAGCUGUCGCAUCCUCCGUCCGAUCUUCUCUCUCAUCGCUUCCUGAUGAGUCUCCGGCCAUACUGGAGGAGGCUCCUGCUGAAAGGGAAGUUGGUGCCGGCCCUCUGUUAAAUCAAAAUUUGUGGGAGGCUGGUGAUUCAUCAGAAAUAUGCAGCGAGCAAGAGGAUGUAGAACUCGAGGUCAAGAAUCAUCGAGUCUCUGGUGCGCUAUCCUCCCCCUGCUCAUUCUCUCGGUCAACAUCCACGACAACAGCUGCUAUUGCUUCUUUGGAUGCUGAUCCAAUUCUUCCUCCUUAUGAUCCUCACACCAAUUACCUCUCUCCAAGGCCGCAGUUCCUUCACUACAGGCCGAAUCCACGCAUCGAGCAGUAUUGGCUUGAUGAGAGUGGAUUAAUUGAAGUGAGUGAUGGCAAGCGUCUAGAGGAUAGCUUUUCAUCUGAGAGCUGCGAUAACUCAGAGGAGGAAAAUGAGGAAGAAACGUCCUCUAAUCUUCAGAAGGAAUGCGAGGACGUGCCCACCGACGUGCCCGCCACCUCUGAUGAAGAAGAUAUUGCUGCAAUCCGUGCUUCUGAAUCUGAAUCCAAAACCAAAUCGAGCGGUGUAGGUCGAUCAUUUUUGAAAUAUACCUUUGCUUCCUGUCUCCUUGUCUCUGUCAUUGCUUGCCUACUUGGCUCCUUUGGAGGAUAUCCUAUUCUGUCACCUACGGUAUUGAAACUCCCAACAAGUAGACAAGCCAUCGAUCAUUUGCAUAUGAGUGAAUAUAUAUCUGCUGUUAAUCUUGCGGAAGUGUGUCGGAGAUUGGGUCUUUGGUCAUUUGAAGCUGUUGCUUAUCGUACCAGAGUGAAUACCAUGCCCAGGCAAGAAUUUGGUCCCAUUUUCCUAGCUAAUUUUACAUCCUCAAAUUUAGAGCAGAGAUUAGACAUAAUCCAUAGUGGAACAGUUCCAAGCAACGAGCUGAUUAGCGAGGAGACUGGAAAGGGGCAGCCUUUCAGUGUUCCAUUAGACUAUAGGACUGAGAGUAGUGAAAUGGAGCAAACUUAUUUGAAAGUUGAUGUACCAUUAGAAGAUGAGGCUGUGAGCAAUGAAGUGGACGCACCUUUUGAUGGAGCUGUGGAAAUACUUGAAUUAGAUGUUCCAUUAGGUGAGCCAUGGGAUGAAACAUUGGCCGGCCAUGAGAGUGGUGAUGCAAUAUAUUUAGCCAAAGAUUUGGAAGAAAAUGAUGACACUUUGGAGGCAGAAACUGGGCCUGAGCUUCACCAAGAUAUGGAAAAAUCUAGUCUUUCUGAGUUUGAGAGUUUGGAGAAGACUGUCCAGGAUGAUAGCAACAAAAUGGAAGUGCGUGGAGUUGAUGAUGAAUAUGAGCAUGUUGUUGAGGUGAAACAGCCCAGAAAUGGACAGGAUAAUCCUCCUGUUUCUGCGAUUGAACAUGAAGCAAUGGAAAGUCAAGAUGAUAGUGUGAGUGUAUUCUCGGCUUCUCAAACACAGUGUUCUAUUGCUGAGGAGACUCCAUUGGCAUCGAAUGAUGAAGGGAUCCCUAGUAUUCAUGAGUUGCAUGCACUUUCAGCCUAUACAAAUGAUGGUAAAUUGGCAAUAGGGUUAUGCUUGGCCAUUCUUCUGCUUGUUGCAUCUAUUAUGUUUUUUAUUAUGAAGCAGAAGAAGCCCACACCUUCAGUGAAUGAGCUUGAGGUACCAAAAGAAAAGGAGGUGCCCUCUAAAUCUGCAUCCGGCAGUAGUGAGAGCUACGGACAUGCUAGAGGAUCACCUUAUGAAAAUACCCCAGUGGAUACACUGUUAGCAGAAUCUGGUCCUUUGGAAUUUAGCAGCAGCUUGAGGCAAAGCACCUCUAUCCAGCAUAGAACCACUAGCAAGAACAACGAAGAAGAGACUUUAAGCCACGAGAAGAAAAGGCUGAGGAGGGAUUCUACAGUAUCUUCCUCUUCAAUGUCUUAUGGAAGCUUCACUUCAUACGAGAAGUUCUCUGCUAAAAAGAAGGGCAUUAGAGAUGACGACGAGGUGGUUACUCCGGUGAGAAGAUCAAGUAGGAUCAGGAACCAAAUUGCUUCUCCAUGAGGAGAUGAUGAGACUCUUCCAAUGACACUUGCAUUCAAGUUUGGAUUGUUUAGUAGCUGACUUUGCUAAUCUGCAUUCAUUGACGUAACUUUAGUCUACCAACAUGCUGUGAGGUAGGUAGUUGAUGAGGCCAGCUUUGUGCUGUUCUUUAGUUUGGGCUUGACUUUUGUGUUUGCAAACUUUCAUAUAUGUAUUCUCUGGAAUUAACAGCACUAGGAAAAAGACCUUUGCUUGUGUUUCUACUGAAUAUUUUUUUCACAAUGUCAAUUGAA